AUGAGAUCAAGACGAAGUUCUAAGUUCCAUUCUAAUGAUAUUUCAAAGGACAAUAUAUUGGGUAGCAGUCGUAAACCAUCACCUCCUAAAAUCUACACGAAUUCCCCAAAUAUCAAUUAAAUGACAUAAGAGAGUAGCUUCUAAAGAAAAGGAAGGAGCACACCAAAAGACUGUCUUGGAUUAGUAAAUCCUUAUUAAUGUAAGAGUGUUAAACAUCAUUAGAAAAGCUAUUAUUACCAAAUAGAGAUUCAUCAAAAAUGUCUAAUAAAAGUGGAAGGAGUAAUUUUGAAUCAGAGGUAUGUGGAAAUUAUUGAUAAUUAGCUAAGAGUCCUAAUCUGAUGAUUUAACCAAAAUAAGAAGAAAAUAUGGAAAUAGAAUGUUAAUCACCGAUAAAAUAAUAUAGUGGUUUGAAGUAUUCUUUCUUUAGUAACUCAGGAACUUCUAAAAACUAACCAACAAGAAGAGUUAUUAAAGACGCUUCACUUAAUAAUAGUUAAUUGAAAUAAAAAGAAUCAUAAGAUAUAUUGAAGACAUCACAAAGAGCAAAUAAAUUAAGAAAGGCCAAUUAUCAUUAAUAAUAAGAUAGUGAUUCUUAAUGCCAAGUCUAUGAGUUCAAUCGAGAAUUGAAAGCAUUAAGAGUAAAGAGAACUGAGUCAUUUGAAUGGUUAUAAGAGGAGUCUUAGGUUUCUGAGGAAUCUCAAUUUAAUUAAUUUAAUUAGAUAAAUUUGGGAAUAUAUUAUAUGGAUAAUUUAAGAAAUUAUUUAAAAGGAUUAAACUUAGAAGGAUUAUAUGCUUAAAUGUAUAUAAAUCAUUUUGUUCAGCAAUUUCAUAGUUUGUAAUUAAGCAAAUAAAUGUAAUAACCAGAUUAGAAUAAAUUAGAGUCAAAAAUGCUACAGUUAUAAAAAAUGAGUAAAAAUAAAUUAAAUUCAAUAGAAAAUUAGAAAACUCUUGUUUUAGAUUUAGAUGAAACUUUGAUGCAUUGUAAUGAAUAAUAAUAAAUGAAAUAUGAUUUUAAAAUACCUAUAUAAAUGCCAAAUGGAUAAGUUCAUGAAGUAUGCUUAAAUAUAUUAAUUAGUCAGGAAUAAGUGUUAGACCAUUUGCAUAGUAAUUUUUAUAAGAAUGCUCAAAGCAUUUUGAAAUUAUUAUAUUUACAGCUUCUCAUUAAUUAUAUGCUGAUCAAAUAAUUGACAAGCUUGAUCCAUCUCGGAAAUGGGUAUCUCAUCGACUUUAUAGAGAGAAUUGCAUAUAAACUUAAUAAGGAAUCUAUGUUAAGGAUUUACGAAUAAUAAAUAGAGAUUUAAAAGAUAUAGUUUUGAUUGAUAAUGCUGCUUAUUCUUAUGCUUUCUAAAUUGAAAAUGGUAUACCAAUUAUACCAUAUAUUGAUAAUACAAAAGAUAUUGUAAUCAAAUUAAUUAUUUUAAAGGAAUUGUUAGGUGUUAUAGAUUACUUAAAAAUUUUGUUAUAAAUUAAUGAUGUUAGAGAGAUUAAUGUAAAGACAUUUCUCUUAAAUAAAAUACGAUAAUGUGCAAGUUUAGAUGAAGCAAUAAAACUUCUGUUAGUUGCUUGA